UUUUAGAUUAUGGAACGGAUGAGUUGAUGAGUGAUUAACAAGUACACAUACAAAAACAGUUGAAAAUGCUGAUGCGCUUAGUCGCUCCAUUUUCGCUCGGAAGUCUAUUCGCUGCACUCAAAGGUCGCCGAGAUGGGAAAAUCCAGGAUUCUGUUCAAGCCAUCACGAUGCUCAACCAAAAUAAAAACACUAAGGCGGCUAUGGAGUAUCUCGAAAUAACAAAAGCGGACGUCGAAUUGUGCAUCCUGAAUACGCAAGCUCGAUUUCGCCUUGCGUUGCAUGGUAGCCCAUUAUGCAAGCGAACUGCUACUACAUCAGCUGCAAAAUCCAUCAAAUCAGUCGGGAUUUUGGAAGAUGCUAUAAAACGGCUUGUAAUCGAUGACGAUUGGGACGAAACUGUGAAAUGGUUAAUUCCGCAUAUGUACGAUGAAGAUGAUCCUUCAUCUUAUAAAUACUUUCUAAAAAGGCGCCGAUCUCAAGAUCUACGCUUGAAUCGCUUCCUUUCCCAGCUUGUCAUCAAAACUGAGAUUGGAUUUGGAAGGGAACUUAUCAAUCAAGACAUCCUUACAUUACUAUUGGAACUUUGCAGUCAUUAUCGAGAGACGAAUCGUAACAUUUAUUUGAAUGCACUGAAAAUACUGGCAAACAUUGUGGCACAGAAUGAAUACUGUGCAACAGCAAUUGCAAAUUCAGAAUGGCUUCCAGUGCUCGCAGCUAUGGUUACAUCACAUAUUUUUGAAGAAAUGCUAAUGGCUGAGAAGAUCUGCAGUAAUGGUUUGAGUGUUUUCGAUAACAGUAGGAAGCCACUGAAAACUAAUGUUUACGAGCUUUUUCGUCCAGAUGAAGAUCAACCACCGGUAAUCGAUCUAGUGCUAAUCCAUGGUAUCCGUGGUAGUGUUUUUUGGACCUGGCGAGAAAGAGAUAAUCCGUCAAAGAUACUACGCACCAGAUGCUGGCCAAGGGCAUGGCUUCCGCAAGAUAUUCCUGUCCCAUUGCGAAUACUUGCUAUCGAUUACUUGUCCUCGCUUGUACAUUUCGUAGGAGCUGUUGAAACAGUGAACACAAGAGCUCAAAAAUUUGCGAUGGAACUCAAGACUGCUGGUAUUGGUGACCGACCUAUCCUUUUUAUUUGUCAUAGCAUGGGGGGUUUAUUAGUGAAACGAAUUUUAUUAGAUGAUCCAGAAAUACGUCGAAGCACGAUGGGAAUACUGUUUAUGGCAACGCCACACCGAGGCAGUCCUUAUGCAAUGUAUGCACCGUUGGGCGUGCGACCAUCUGACGAUGUAAAACUUUUGCACCAGCAGAGUGCGAUAAACAGACAGGUAAGAAGCUGCCUGGUACGGAGUCCACAGCCAUUGAAAUGUCGAGGACUCACUUGACAAGUAUAAUUUGCGGACUUUUUGGUGGACUUGUCGGUUGCCUCAUUUCAGCUUCAUCAAGAUUUCCUUAGAAUUAUUGAUACAGUACCUGUGAUAAGUUCGGUGGCAGAAACAGCGAAAGCACCACUUAUCAUGCGUCAGAAAGGCAUAUUAGUACCCCCAGAAAGUGCUUAUUUGGAACGGGGCGCCUUCUACCACAUAAAUGAUAUACAUCACAAUAUUUGCAAGCCUUCUAACCGGCAGGAUCGUAUUUAUGGUAUAAUUUUGCUAUUUAUAAAUGACGCCAUCCAUCAUAUUUUAAAGAAUAUGAGCUAGAUGAAAAUCUCGAAUGAAAAUCCCGACCAUUACGAUGUUACAAGCCAUACGUUAUGUAGUCGUGGUCAAGGUAUGUCGAUUUUGAAAAUCUGAGAAAGGGUUCCUAAGUGACUUGGCUUCUUCGAACGAUAAUGAUAAAUGAAGCAAGCUUAGGUUUACAGGCUUCAUUCAAACAUUCCGUACCAUGGGUCAUUGUUCAUAACAUCUAUGUAACUGCUCAUCGUAAUCUUUCAAUAUACUUCGAGUAAAUAAUUUACUUAGAUUACCAGAAAAUUAGGACAGUCUCUUCUACGAUAAGGUUUAUAUUUGGUGAUGUAUUUUGAGAUCGUUUAUAACCCACAGAAGG